AUGGAUCCCACAACCACCCCGCGACAUACAGAUCGCUUCAGAAUGGGUGCUGCAGACCCGGUUCCCUCCUCUUCACCUGCCUUUGGGACGCCGGCGCGCCCAUUUCGAAUGCCGAAAGGCCAUGCUCCUCCCACCAAGGCUUCCAUCUUGCCCAUCCUUCUGCCUCCUUCUACCCUUCGACCAGUGGCCUUCCGGACCUUCACUCGCAAACACAACCUCACUAUCUCGUCAUCGGCUCUACAGACACUAGCAGUCUUUGUGGGCAAGAACUGUGGUUCCGGUUGGAGGGAAGAAGGCCUGGCAGAGAAAGUACUGGACGAGGUGGCCAAGACCUGGAAGAGAGCCGGCGGCGGCGUUAUUGUGGAAGAAGGGAAAGGGGCGUCAUUGAAAGCUAUUUUGCAGACGCUCGAGGGCAGCAUGAGCGGCGGGAGGGUCGUCGCCGGGAAAAUCAACCAGGACGGGUCUGCAAAGUCGAAUAUUGGCGUGGAUGUCGGGCGACUUGAAACGAGCAACAAUCAGUCGCAAGGAUCCUUCAUGAGACCGGGAGACGCAGGGGAAGACGGACCCCAAUUGCCCCUUCAUUCGCGCCAUUGGCUCAAGAUCAUCGACGCUUUUGAUCUGCCUCGCUUGACGUAUAACGUCGACAAGAAAUAUUUCGAGGCCGUCAAGUCCAAACCUACGUUGUUUCCGCCAGCCUCUCACAAAACCGCGCUCUUUAGGGACCGCUACAACUUGGUGUACCAGCGACUGCUUCGCAACGAAUCGUUCCAGAGCUCUUUGGGUGUUGCAAGCGUCCCUUCACUGCAGCGUUCAUCAUCGAACCUUGCGACUCAGCAGUCGUACAAGUUGACACCAAUUGCGAACCUCCUGGGCCGAAGCGGAACCUCACAUCUACUACUAGGACUACUGUCUAUCUCUCCUACCGGAGAUCUGUCUCUCGUGGAUUUGACGGGGAGUGUGGCAUUGGAUUUGAGCCACGCGCGCAUGAUCCCUGAAGACGGUGCAUGGUUCGCACCAGGCAUGAUCGUGCUUGUUGAUGGAAUCUACGAGGAAGAAGAAAUGGUCAAGGGAUCCGCCCUAGGAGGAAAUACCGGGGUUGGCGGAGCUAUUGGGGGGCACUUUGUCGGGGUUUCGAUCUGUGGCCCUCCCUGUGAGCGCAGAGAUAUCUCGUUGGGAACGAGCAACCGCCAGGGCAGCAGCGAGCUCAGCUCUAGCGGUGGUUUCGGAUGGGUCGACUUCUUAGGAAUCGGCAGCGAACGUGCACAAGGAGCGCGCAUGAGGAGAAUCCAAGAAGAAUGUCUGCGAGGCGAACAGGAGACCCUAGAAGCCGCGGUCCGAAUCAAGAUUGCGGUGAUGAGCGAGGUAAAUCUCGACAAUGUGAGAACCCUCGACGCAGCCCGGAAGGUUUUCAGCAGCUAUAACGACUUGGCCCUCCCGGAGCGCCCUCAGACCUUUGUCUUGAUAGGCAACUUUGCACAGAAGGCGAUCAUCAACGGAGGUGGGCGGGCUGGAAGUAUCGAGUACAAGGAAUACUUCGAUUCCCUCGCCGUGGUCCUAGCCGACUUCCCUGCCUUGCUGCAGCACUCGACAUUUGUCUUCGUCCCAGGUGACAACGACCCGUGGGCAUCGGCCUUCUCGGCGGGUGCCGCUUCAGUCAUUCCGCGACAGCCGAUCCCUGAACUGUUCACUUCUCGAAUUAGACGUGCCUUUGCAACCGCAAACGCGGAGCUCGACAGAUCUCAGACUUCGGAACCAAUUGGCGAAGCUAUGUGGACAUCUAACCCGGCACGUCUUUCGUGGUUUGGACCCGUGCAUGACAUUGCCGUUUUCCGUGAUGAUAUCUCGAGCCGACUUCGACGAACCGCAAUAAACACCAAGCCUGACGAUGACGAAGUUGAUACCACCAUGCAUGAGGCAUUAGAUGGCCCGACGAACGAGGCGGUCUCCAUUGCGCCUGAAAUGGAUCAAGCCAAUGGUGCUAAGCCCGACGGCGUGCCAGCCGCGGCUUCUAUGGCUCGCAAACUGGUAAAGACCAUCCUGGAUCAAGGAACGGUUUCCCCAUUCCCUCUUCCGCUACGGCCUGUCCUAUGGGAUCACGCUUCUUCCGUACAGCUCUACCCGCUGCCCACGGCCCUCAUCCUGGCAGAUCCCGAGGCUGCACCUUUCUGCAUGACUUAUGAGGGCUGCCACGUCAUGAACCCCGGAAGGUUGCUGCCUGAGGGCGGGACGCCGACUGUGAGAUGGGUUGAGUAUGAUUUGUUGCGGAACCGAGGGAAGGUCAUGGAAGAACGUUAUUAA